CUUGGCAGUCGGGCGCCUUCAGCUGAGGGGGACAACAGGGCGACUUUAUGGUCCUGCUACACAACAAAGACCCGAUAAAACACCGAAACACUCGACGUGUCACGACGGGAAAUGGACAACAGUAAACGGACUGUGGUCGUAACAGGUUUCGGGCCAUUUGGAGAGCACACAGUUAAUGCCAGCUGGGUUGCAGUACAGGAGCUGAAGAAGCUUGGACUCGGCACAGAAGUAGACUUGCAUGUCUGCGAGGUUCCUGUGGAGUACCAGACAGUGCAGAGUUUAGUUCCGUCACUAUGGAAGAAGUAUCACCCAAUGUUGGUUGUUCAUGUUGGAGUGUCAGGCAUGGCCACCACCGUCACGUUAGAGAAGUGCGGCAGAAAUCAUGGCUACAAGGGCCUGGACAACAGCAGCUUCUGUCCUGAUUCACAGUGUUGCAUUGUGGGGGGCCCAGACUGUAUCGACUCUGUUAUUGACAUGGAAUCAGUCUGCAAGAGAGUGACUGCCUCGGGACUGGGAGUUGCUGUGUCUGUCUCCAAAGAUGCUGGAAGGUAUCUAUGCGAUUUCACCUAUUACACAUCCCUGUACAUGAGCCACGGUCGCUCUGCCUUCGUCCAUGUGCCUCCUCUUGGGAAGCCGUACAGCGGUGAAGACCUGGGCCGCGCGCUGCAGGCCAUUGUCCAGGAGAUGCUGGAGCUUCUGGAUCAUGCCAAGGAAAAGAUUCACUGCCAGCAGCACUUCCACUAAGUGACCUCCCGAUGCCAGCCAGCCUCUCCAGCCACGCAAGACAAAUUGCACUCGACCACAAGUAGCCAAGUUGUUUCUUUUCCUCAUCCUCUUGGAUGUAAUGAAAGCUGCAGUGUGCAGGGCAUUAUCACUGCGUGCCCCUGGUGUUUCCUCAUAUUUCGAAUUUUGACCCCUUGGUAAUGAUGGAGACAUAAUUACGAGAGUGCCCCACGUGAAAGAUUCAGACGUGUGAAUAUGUUUAGAUGACUUACAAAGCACAGUAAGUUCCCAUACAGCUGCAGAGUGUAGACGAUUAUACACAGCAUUACUCCAAAUGUGGCUACUAGUAUUGCACCUUAUAGCGUUAGGGUUACUGACAUGGUUACAGAAGUCACAUUUGGCAACCCUACACUGGUUGAAUUUGGAAUGCUUCAUUCUUACAUGUCAAGCUUUUACCAUAUUAAUGUGUUACCAAAGCCCCCAGGUUACUUAUUUUACAUUCUCAAUGCAUUAAUCACUAUUGGUAAACAGAUUAUAUGUGUAGUGUAGACACUUAUACAUGAUUAAAUUAGUAUAUUCAUGUAGAACCCUUUAGCAAAAAAUAAUGUUUGUUCCUUUUUAUAUAUUUUCCAUUUUCUCUAAUUUUUUUGCUAUUUCGCAUUUGAUGUUGAAUUGUUUCUGGAGUCUUUUUCUUUAUAAGAAGUUGUACGUUUGCCUUCUUUUACAAAGGUGAUUUAAAAUAGGGAACGGGUUGGUUCCAGCUCACAUUCCCCCGGUUUGUCGGCCCAUUUCUGACAGGAAGACAAUACUCCAGUCAUUUGAGAUCUGACCCCAGGUUGUGCAAUGUGAUUGAACAGCUCUCAGGUUUCACAAUAGAGCCUUGCUUUCACAGCUGCACGAUUAUUUGAGAAAGAAGGUCACGAUGACUGUGGUUUGCUAUGCAUUCUACAAUGCACAUGCAUCAAUAUUGCCUGCGAAUGCUGCAGCAGCUGAGUUUCUAGAUGUACAGAAUACUACUUACUGCGGAAAAAAGAAAUGCUUUUGGAAUGAUACUGCACAGUGUUUCCCAUACAUUCAUUUACUGUAUUUGUGGCGGCCUACCUGUUAACACACCCUAAAUGCACCUGGUCUGCUAUAGAAUACGAAGAUGUAGCAGGAGGGAUCAAUGUUGGCAACUUGGGCCCCCCUCCCCCGCGUAGAUUGCAGUCAUGUGGAAAACACUGAAUGAUAUUGAGAGCUAUGAAGGUCAAACAAGACCUCCCUACGGAAGCUAUGAAAGCAGCGCCAUGGGCUGGAAGAUCUUUCAAAAACGUUGUUGUGCCAUUUUUAACAGAUGCACUGCAGUGUUUGUCUUCCCCAAAUAACGUAAAACUAUUUCGCUGUUUACUUUUAAAGGUCAUUUACGACUGCUGAAGUUGUAUAAGAAUCUGUUUUAUAGUGUUUCACGUCAGAUUUGGGCCUGGAAUUUUAUUUCUGUAGCACUUUUUUCUUGGAUUUUUUUUUUUACUCUUUGACUCCCAAUAUGUAGCUUUACAGACAAAUACACCCAUUGUUAGACGUUUCCAUUAAUAUUGUAUUUUUAUUUGAGUUAUUUUGCUUUCUACCUGACUUAUGCUCUUAUUCCAAGCUUUGGUAUAUUUUCAUUCGCUAUAAACAUGUAACUGUAGCAAAUUCUUGUAGGAUGCCUGUGUAAAUGUGAUUUUCUUUCAUACCUGUCAACCCUCCCAUUUUUCCUGGGAAAGGCCCAUAUUUUUCUCCGUUUUCCCGGCGCUCUCCCAUUUUUAGUAGGUUCCUGUAUUUUUCCAUAUUAUAAUUUUGUUUUUUGUUUUUCAACAGCCCGGUAAAGUCAGGCAGCAAUAUAUCGCGGAUGCGCCACUGUAGGCAGUCAGCAAUUCUGGUGGAAAGACCAGCAUUUCCCUCAUUUUCCCUUCUUUUUCCGGAAAAUGUCUCUCAUUUUAAAAUGCAAAUGUCAACAGGUACAGCAUGUUUUCUUUGGCUUCUUAUUGUCUUAUCCGUUUGACCGUGUACGACAGCCUGACUUUUUAGUGGUCCCGCAUGACUUGAAAUUGUCAUUUUCCAAUAGAGUUGCAUUUUUAUACUUUCACUGCAACCACCAAACCCCUCCUCCCACAAACUGAUCCGUCUGUGGAAAAGAUGGCGCUUGGCAUGUGAAUUGUCUUAGCAAGAACAGUAAUGGAAGAGUGGUUUGUGUUGCAGAGAUGGUAGUCUCACGGCUUUUCCUUCAAAUGCAUUUUAACACGAGUUCUUUCUUGUCACAAAGUAGCAACCAGUAGCACGAAGCAGAGCCGACAUUUUAACCUUACAGUCUGUCAUGUGUCUUUUAAGUAUCGAUCUGGAGUUUGGAGGUGCUGAUGUUUUCCCGGGGUCGUGGCGUUGCGAGUUCUUCAACUCCUCCAGGGAAAGAGCGGCUUUUUACAUUCGCUUUGAGGCUCCAGGCGCCUCGGCCUGAGUUUCUGCUUCACUCCCUUGACAAAGGAUGUGAUUGGGUCGCGCCACGCUUAAAGUAGAUGCUCACAAAUGUGAACCCCCCCCCAUAUGUGGCUCGUUGAUGUUUCAAGUGACCUCUAGCCCCUUUAACUCUCUCCUGUGCCUUGCUGUUAUUUAUUUUUGUUUUGAUAAGGCCUUAAAUGGUUUGGUGGCAGGUCCGGUCAAAGAUGUAUCGAGAUAUAUUCCAGGCAGAUAUGUGUGGCUACCUCAAUAUUUUUAAUCUCAAUGUGGACUUAACAUCGUUAUGACUGUGAUUUAUUGUAAGUACUGUACCUCUGAUCAGUGAGCAUCCUCGACAAGGCGUGUUCUCUGCUUCUGACAUUAUCAAAGCACUGUUAUGAGAAGUAAUAUUGGCUUUAUAAAUGGAAAGGCUUUGAAAGAAUUCAGAAAUAAAGA